AUGGGAAGCACCAUUAGUAUCGGCGAUAUCAGUGUAAAGAAAUAUUAUAAAAAAAAUAAAAACCGUACAAAUUUAUCAUUUUUGUCAUGUUCUUCAUCUUCUGAUGAUAAAUCUUUGUGUUCAUCUAAAAGUUCGGAUAGAAUCAAUGUUUAUAUAGAUGGCAGAAGAUAUCUUGAAAGUUCAAAAUAUUCUUUGCCGAAUGAUGACGAAGAGAUUGAUAGAAUGCACAUGCAACAUUAUAUAUCAAGAUUUAUUUGGCAAAAAAAUUUUUGUUCUCCUUUAGAUGAUUUGCUAAGAUACGGUGGCGCAAAAGUUUUAGAUGUUGGGUGCGGUGCCGGGACAUUUUUGCUUGAGAUGGGACAUGAUUAUCCCGAAUCAGAAUUCCUAGGAAUUGAUAUUUCGCCAAUGUAUCCAUCAGAAAUUAAACCUUCUAAUGUGAAAUUUGAACAAAUUGAUGUUCUAGAGGGUUUACCAUAUGAUGACAGCUCGUUUGAUUUCGUUGUUAUAAGAAAUAUGAUAACUGCUUUUUCUAUAGAUGAUUGGGAUUUUUGUAUACAAGAAUUAAUCAGAGUCACUAAACCAGGUGGCUAUAUCGAGAGUUCAGAAUUUGAAAUACCUGCUUCAAAUAGAGGUCCAGUAGCGAAAAAAUUAUCAGAAGCAUGGAUUGAAAUAAUGAAAGCAAAAAGUAUAGAUAUAACUUAUUCAAAUAAACUCGAAGGUUUAUUUUCAUCUUGUAAUGAUUUAAUAAAUAUUAAUCACAAUAUUAAAUUACUUCCAAUGGGUACAUGGAAUGGUGAUGGGGUGGGUAAAAUCAUGGCGGAAGAUUUGGUUUUAUUGGCAAAAGCUUUUGGUCCUAUAUUGUUACUCUCUUGGGGUAUAACUUCCGAGCAAUAUAAUUAUUUAGUUGAUAAUUUAACUAAUGAAUUGAACGAAUACAAAACUUAUUCUAAUAUUCAUGUAAUUUAUGCACAAAAAAAAUUUAACUAA